AGCCAAAGAAGUCUUGUCAACUUCAUAAGAAACAAAUUCCGCAACUUUGCCAACAUGUGGCUUGAAUUGUUGUUAGUGUUUGUUAUUGGUGGCAUAUUGUUCUAUCGUUGGGGCACUGAAUACGAUGACCACUUCAAAAAGCGCAACAUACCCCAUGACAAACCGGUGUUCCUUUUAGGUAGUGCCAGAGAUGUUAUGAUGGGACGCAAAUCGGCUUUACAAGUCAUGUGUGAAUUUCAUCAGAAAUUCAGCGGCAGUGCCUAUGGAGCCUUUGAUAAUCGCAAACCGGUUUUGAUGAUACGUGAACCGAAAAUGGUCAAACACAUUCUCAUCGAUGCUUUCAAUCACUUUGUCAAUCGCAAUAAUUGCAUACCGGUCAAUGAGGCCAGCCUCUUUACCAACUCCAUAUUUAUGAUGGAAAAUUUAAAAUGGAAUGAAAUGAGAAAAACUUUAAAUCCUGUUUUUCGCGGCAAUAAAAUAGAACAAAUGCUUGGCUUAAUGUUGAAAACAGUACAUGAGAAUAUGUCCGAUUUUAGAGAUCAACAUAAGAAUGCAAAUGCUGGUGGUUUUGAGGUGGAUGUUAAGGAUUUAACAAUGCGUCUAACCAAUGAUAUCAUAGCCUCUGUAGCUUUUGGGGUGGAAGUGAACUCUCUACGGGACAAGGAGAAUGAGUUUUAUAUGCAAUCGAAGAGGGCUAUAUGUUUUACUCCCUUUCAACAUAUGAAAAUAUUUUUCAUGAUGUUAUUCCCCAAGAUAGCAGAGUUUUUCAAAAUGGAUUUCCUCGGUAGGAAAUCCUCCGAUUACUUCUUCCAUUUAGUCAUGGAUGCUAUGAAACACCGGGAAGAAGAGAACAUUCAACGCCCAGAUAUGAUUGAUCUGUUAAUGGAAGGCCGCGGUAGAUGGUCGGACAUUGAAAUUGCCGCCCAGUGCCUAAUUUUUCUCUUUGCCGGUUUUGAAACAACAUCCGGGGCAAUGGGCUUUGCUGGUCAUGAGCUAAUGGAAUAUCCAGAAGUUCAACAGAAAUUAUUCGAAGAAAUUCAGGAAGUGGAUAAACAAUUGCAAGGUAAACCUCUCACCCAUGAAAUACUACAAAAAAUGACCUACAUGGAUAUGGUGGUUUCGGAGGUCUUAAGAAAAUGGCCCGUGGCCAUGGUUUCAGAUCGUACCUGUACCAGUGACUAUGAUUAUGUAUCGCCCAUAAGUGGAGAUAGAAUUUCCAUUAAAAAGGAUGAAUUGGUGCGCAUACCUACGUGUGCCCUACAAAGAGAUGCCAAGUAUUUUGAAAGUCCUGAGAAGUUAAAACCGGAACGUUUUAGUGCGGAAAAUAAGUCGAAAAUUGAAACGGGCACCUAUUUGCCAUUUGGAUUGGGAGCACGUAAUUGUAUUGGAAAACGCUUUGCCCUACUUGAAAUAAAGGCCUUCCUUUUUUAUGUGCUGCGUGAUUAUCGCUUGGAAGCUUCUUCAAAAACUUGCCUUCCCAUGGAAUUGGAUAUGACCAGCAUGCAUUUGCAACCAAAAACCGGAUUCUGGUUACAAUUUAAACCAAGAAAACAUUAA